UUCAUCUCCGAUUCGAUUCUGAAUUUUCAGCACUGGGGAGGUUUCAGUCUCCGAUUCGAUCUACAAGAAGAAUCCCUCACCCUUUAUAAGGAUCACCCAAGCUAGAGGGAAUCGUCGGUCGGUUGCUCUCGUUUGGUCAGCGCUGAUUUCAGAAAUUCAGACUUGCGUCCCCGCAAAAAAAAAAAAAAAGAAAAGAAAUUCAGACUUGUGCAGUUCAGAAGCAGAAGAGAUGGAAGCUGCAUCAUCAUCGGGAGCUCUGCCAUUGCCGUUGCCAUUGCUCGUCCAUGAUCUUGGAACCCGUAGCGAUGACUCGCAGACGCAAUUCAGCAUCUGCAACCAAGCACUCAGCACUGCAGCCAUCGAGCUACUGAGAGAUUUCAGGUGCUUCGAGACUCCACAAGGCUGGGUACUCACUCUGAAUCCUGCGUCACUGCAAACCUUCCUAUGGCGACCUCAGGACAGCAAGAAGAUCGAUCUCCCAACGGCGAAACAGAACUUCCCUAGAAGCGGCAAGUGCCUCCUCUCCGGCAACCCAAUCUCGUCGUCGUCAGAUUGCGCCGUGUUGGUACUAGAUCUUGACACCCCAGCGAUGCUAGUCUGCAAGAUCGGAGGCAGUGAAUGGGAUUCUUUCAGCUACGAGCUCUCCAUGGUCAGCAAGAACAACAAGACCCUGGAGGUUCACAUGGCCAAGCUUCAGGGCAUCGAUGCUGUUGCCGGCAAGGUGUACUACACAUUCUCAGGAGACGCUCUCGGAGUAAUCGAGUUCAGCCUGGAGGUAAAACUCUCUACCAUGGAUGUCGACAUGGUUGAAUUGCCUGCCAGUAUGCCAAACUUCUCGACAGUCAUGCGGCGAGCUGUUUCUUGUGGUCGUCUUCUUCCUCGGCCACAACCUGCACAGGAUCGCGGAGGUGGCGGUGUACAAGAUGGAUUUCUCGGGGCCAUCAGAGUGGUGCAAGGUGGACGGGAUCGGUGACAGUGUGUUUCUUCUCGGUGGAGAUUUCAUCGGAGCUUCUAAUUUUGGAGCGUCGUGCUCGGCUAGUGACCAUGGUUUGUCCGGGAAUUGCAUCAAUUUUGUGAACAAUAUUGCCGCUGAGGAGAAUUUUGUUCAUGUCAUCGACUUGGAGAAAGGGACUGAAGAAGUGCUUCGGCCUUUCAGACACAAAGGAUACCCGCUGCCGCUGCGUCCACCCUUCUGGCUAUUAACCACCCAUGAUUGAUAUCUUUUCCUUGUAGAAUUUGCACCUCACUUGUCAUAUUUGUUAAAGUAGGUUUACAGUUAAAUUUGUCAUUUUUGUUACGAAUUAUAGAAAUCGAAUUUAAAUUUAUGUCUGUGGAGUUA